UCCAAUCGUAAGAAAAGGAAACUCAUGCCGACUACUGCCGUGAAUAAACGCGACCCACCCUUUCUUCACAAGGUCCAUGAACCCACCGAGUUCACAGCCGUGUACAACUUGGAGUGAGAGCAGUGGUGGUUUUAGCAUAGAGGCAUAGAAUAAACCACGUGUUGAACAUUUACCACUCUCCGAGUCAUAGAGGAGGCACGAGACCACCACACAACAAAGAAUCAAAAUAGUUUUUCAUCAAUUGGGGAGCAAGCUCGGAAGGCCGCGAUCCGGACAACUCAACUUGGCGAGCCGGCACAGGUAACAGCGGGCACAGUCCGCCGCCCGGCCCACCGGCCGCAUGGAGGAGGACCCCGCCCGGCUGCCCUCCCACCUGUGUGUGCUUCGACUACACCAACAACAGAUGCCAGGAGGGCUGCAUUAGGAUCCACAUCUGUGAGCGAUACCUGCGUCGUAACUGCUGCGGCUCGCGGGCCCACGAUUUCUACGAGCCGCAGCCUUUUGAGAUGCUGCAGAACAGCCGCAUCCCCAACGACCUCAUGGCGGCCAUGGAGUCGAUGUACAUCAACAAGGAGGUCCUGAGUAGUCCUGUAGGACAGACCAAUCAGGUCCCUGCUGCUGGUGCUGCUGGUGCUACUAAUAAAACCGAGAUUUGUCUGCUCUUCCUCGAAGGCAACUGUAUCCAACCCGUAGAACAGUGUUUCGGAGCUCAUUACAAGCUGCCUUACAGCUGGGAAGUUCUGGAGGGCCAUCAGUGGACGCUGCUGGAUAGCUCAGAGAAGAUAGAAGGGGAUUACUGUAACCCCAAAAUAACAUACAGCAUGGUGGAUGGAGGAGCGGUGUGGUUUGAGACAAUGACGCGUGGACUCCAGAAGGUCAGGCGUCUCUCCUCCAUCUCCUCAGUCCUCCAGCCCACCUUCCUACUCACCACCGAGUGGCUCUGGUACUGGGAGGAAGAGGAUGGGAACUGGAACCAGUACGAUUCACCGACCAACAGAGCACUUGAGCAGAAGUUCCAGAACAACCCGCAGGAGGUGUUGGAGUUCACCGCAGGGUACCAGACCUACACACUCAGCCUCAAGGACAUGAUCCAGACCAAUAAGAGUUACAGCACCAAGAGGCUGGUGAGGCGACGGCCUCGUUUCCUGUCCUCCGCCAACGUGCAGGACAUCAGGACAAGUGCUGGUGCUACUGGUGGUGCUGUUAGUAGUGCUGGUGUUGUUGCUACUGGAGGUGGUGAAAGGAGAAGCCCGCCCCAAGAUAAAAUCGAGAUUUGCUUAUUUUUCCUCGAAGGCAACUGUAUCGACCCCAUAGAAAAGUGUUUCGGAGCUCAUUACAGUCUGCCUUACAGCUGGGAAGUUCUGGAGGGCCAUCAGUGGAUGCUGCUGGACAGCUCAGAGAAGAUAGAAGAGGAUUACUGUAACCCCAAAAUAACAUACAGCACGGUGGAUGUAGAAGCGGUGUGCUUUGACACCAUGACGUGUGGACUCCAGAAGGUCAGGCGUCUCUCCUCCAUCUCCUCAGUCCUCCAGCCCACCUUCCUACUCACCACCGAGUGGCUCUGGUACUGGGAGGAUGAGCAUGGGAAGUGGAACCAGUACGAUUCACCACCCAACAGCAGCACAGAGCUGGAGCAGAAGUUCCAGAACAACCCCCAGGAGGUGGUGGAGUUCACCGCAGGGUCCCAGACCUACACACUCAGCCUCCAGGACAUGAUCCAGACCAAUAAGAGAUACGGCACCCAGAGGCAGGUGAGGCGACGGCCUCGGUUCCGGUCCUCCGCCGACGUGCAGGACGACAGGACAAGUAAAAGGCCUCCAAAUGGUCCACCAAAUGUCCAAGCUUUUCCCAGACACUGGGACAAGUCCCAGGUUCCUGAGAUUGGACACAAGAAAGUACUGCUGCGAGAUUCGUCCAAAGAAUACAAGAAGGUGGAGACGCUGUUUCGUCAGACGAUGACCGCCUUUGACAUCGUGAAGAUCGAGAGGAUUCAGAACAAGAGUCUCUGGGACCAAUUUCAGUUGCAAAGGGAACAAAUGAAGACGAGGAACGGCGGGCAUUCCGUGGCCGAGAGGAAGCUGUUCCACGGCACAGACUCCAAGUUCAUCGACCCCAUCUGCUGCUCGAACUUUGACUGGAGGAUCUGCGGAACCCACGGGACCAUCUUGGGCAAGGGCAGUUACUUCGCCCGGGACGCCAGCUACUCCCACACAUACACCAGCUACGCCUCGACGGUCCGCUCCAUGUUCGUGUCCCGGGUGCUGGUGGGUCACCACACCCGGGGCUCGGCCGACUACGUGCGCCCCCCCUCCAAGGACGGCAGGGACACCCUCUUCUACGAUAGCUGCGUGGACAGCAUCCGUUCACCCUCCAUCUUUGUCGUCUUCGACCGGCCUCAGAUCUACCCGGAGUUCCUGCUCACGUACAAGGCGAAGGCUGCGGUCGUGGGUGACUCGUUGUCCGGGUUACUGGUCGCCAUUGCCGCCGCCCCGGUGGGGAAACCCACGCCUGUGGUAAUACCCACACCUGCUGUGAUACCCACGCCUGUGGUGAAACCCACGCCUGUGCCCAGAACCACGCCCGCGCAGCAGUUCCCUGGUGCUUCCACGUACCUGAAAAACGUCUCUCAGCCACAUAUCUACCGCCCCCUCCCAACAGCCCUACCCGCCCCCCCCACCCCGCCUGCGAGCCACUGUCCCCCGCCAUCGAGCUCCUGCCCUCAGACCCACCAGGGGUUCCAGGGCAUGUCCAAGAGAAUGCGAGAGAAGGCGUCGGGCAUGGACUGGUACAGUGUCCCGGGUGUCGCGCCGGAGGUGAAGCGCCAGCGCCUGUGACCAGAGCCACGCCCCGCAGUGGUUCCCUGGUGCUUCCACAUACUUGAAAAAUGUCCCUUUGCCCCAGCCCUACCGUCCGCUCACAACAGCCCCCCCCCUCACCCCGCCUGCGAGCCACAGUCCCCAGCGGUUCCCCGGCCCCUUUACAUACUCGUCAGCCGUUCCUCCGCCACAGCCCUACCGACCCCUAACAACAGCCGCCCGCCCCCGACCUAUCGGCCUCGGACCUACCCGGAGUUCCUGCUCACGUACAUCAGAAAGUGAGAAAAGGCGUCGGCCGUCGACGACUGGUAAGGUGUCCCGGCCACCACGGCGGUGGCAAAGCCCACACGCCUGUGCCCAGAGCCACGCCCGCACAGCGGUUCCCCGGCGCUUUCACGUACUUGAAAGCCUUUCCUCCAACAAAGCCCUACCACCGCCCCCCCGCCUUCCAGAAUCAGCCCCCUGCCCCCAAGCUACCCUAGUCUGAAGCCUAAGCCAAAGGACUCUAGUGUGGUGAGCUAGGGUGGGGCAGGGUAGGGAGGUGGAGCUAACACGACGGUGUCUGUUAGGGCUUUGGAUUGGAUUGGGGCUUUUGGAAAGGGGGUGGUUCUGUAGAAGGGCUUUGGGGUCUGGACCCCGUUAUCUGGAAAGCCUGAGGUAUAACAAUAAGAAUUUGUGUUGAUUCAAACUAUUAUUAUUAUUCCAAUUAUGCAAAAUACACAAAGAAAAUACUUUAUGGUAACCGUGGGUUACAUAUAUAUAUCUCACAUGACAUUUUGUAAAGUGUUGAAAGAAAUCUAUUAACAGUGGUAAACUUGAAGAAAAAUACUUAGAUAUAAACGUGCAAAGUACAAUACAAUAUAAAGAUGCAAUACAAUAUAAAGAUGCUAAAUACUCACAGCUCACUUCUCCUGGAGUGAGUUUAUUCUCACUCCCGUCAAAUUAUUCAAAAACAACGUAGACUAUGACGCAACUGUGAUGCAAAAUGUCGAUCUGCCGACAUUCUUCUCUGUGCAAAUGUGCAAAUUUCCCGACUCGUGUGCAAAUUUCCUGACUCGUCCUCUGA